GCGGAGAAAACAAGAGAGGAAGUAAGAGGAGAAGAUGACGAUGAAAAAAACCCAGAGGGUCUACCGAAGGGUCGAAUCGACGCACCUCUUUCGAGGCGCCAUGAGACAGCACGCGGAAAGGGCUCUGAGUGGAGGAUACAAGACAGGGGAUAAGGGUAAUGGAGGGGCUGAAAGGAGGAAAGAGAAAGGGGCGGUUGAUCCGGAAGAGCUACUGAGGGGGGUCAGAGAACAGAGGGAGAAGGAACAUGUGAACCAACAUACACAAUCUCAUCUAACUCCGGGCUUGUCGUGGGCAGACAAGGUCAAACAAACGCCAGCGAAGAACCUGAUCUCUGUCUCGAUUACAAGAACACCUGACGGUGCAAAAAGAGCAGAGGAAUGGAAAAUCCCCUUGGACAACAUCUCCUCGGCCAGAGCCUUUUUCCUCUCGCACCUGCUAACGCGUUCUGAGCAAAAAGUGCACAACCAAGGGGGUCAAACAACAGUCAUUCGGGCACUCCCGGUAGCAAAAGUCCAGGAGAUACAGGAGCUCUACCUUAAACAUGCGAGCAACUGGGUCUUCUACGAUGACGUGGCGUACAAGACAACCAAUGACAAAAUCCUGUGGAUCAGAAAACAACUGGCAUGCCUAGAUGGCGGAUGGGAAUGUGCACAGGAUGCCUUUCUAAUCCAGCCUGUCUCCUCAACCAUUUUCACGAUACUCAGCAUGCACAAGGCUGACAAGAGACAGAUGGACAGAUGGCGUUCCAUUCGUUGCGAUAGAUCCGAAGUCGGGAUUUACCCCUGGUCCCCCCUGAGAAAACAGAAACCAGAGGAAAAAAGGGACAAAAUGAUGGCCGAUCACUUUUGGGUAGAGUUCAGACACAUCCCCAUCGAAGUGCAAGCGGCCUUUGUACAAGAGUUCGGAGAGAAGUAUGAGAUAGUUGACUUCAUCGAUCCCCUGCCACCGCAUGUGGGAAAACGCGACGACUAUCUCAUGCUCGCUCUACAUCUACCUGAGGGUCAGCCUUUCUCCAUCGAUGAUGUCAUCCCCUAUCGAAUCGGGGACAAGGAAAUCUGUCACACACCGAGGAAGGAGACGUACGGGAGCGUUGGGAGGGGAGAAGUGGGGAGUGGUGUCAAGCAAGCAAGACGAAGUGCACCGACUGGGUUUUCAAGUCAGCUUGCUCGGGAGUUCCCGGCGAUGGCGGUCAUUAUCAUGAUGAAGAGGUUGGCACCAAUCUGCCUGGUCGCCAUGGCCUUCUUCCAGCUCACUGGGAUGGCUUCGGCUGCGUGCUGCCGCGGUGACGGGUAUUUUGCGGACAAAGAGACGGGUUGCAGAUCGUACUGCUUCUGCGCGGGCGGGAGUGAAUAUAAGCUGGAUUGCCCAGAAGGCUUGCUGUUCAACGAAGCUUUGGGGUUAUGCGAUUGGCCUGCAAACGUGAAGGGUCUGUUCUUCAAGGAAGAGCUAGGCUGCGGUGUUGGUAGCCCCGGACAUACGUCCCCGAAUUGCCUAUACUGUCAAGCGAGCAAUGAGUAUCCGUGUAUCGCUGGCCAGGCGUACUACGGCCGCGGGCCAAUUCAGCUGUCGUAUAACUACAACUACGGAUUGAUGGGAAAGCAACUGGGUCUGGAUCUGUUGCACAAUCCCGAGCUCGUCUUGCGAGAUGCUGCCACGGCGUUCCGCACAGCGCUGGACUUCUGGAUGACGCCACAGCCACCCAAGCCAUCUUGCCACGAUGUUAUGGCCGGGAAAUGGACCCCAACAGCAGCUGACGUGGCUGGAGGCCGUUUGCCUGGUUUCGGCGUGACCACACUCAUCAUCAACGGAGGAGUUGAAUGUGGCCAGGGCUCUGUUACAGCCCAGGAGAAGGACCGCCUAGGUUACUAUGACCACCACAGCAGCAUCAUGGGAGUCGACAAGGGUGCCAAUACCGACUGCUCCAAGAUGGGCCCGUUUGGCAGCAACUUAGGCUCCGAGCAAGCCGUUCUACGAACCAUUGUCGAAUGAAGAAAUCAAGUUACACCCGCAGCGUCAGCCUUCAGGCUGUGAUCUGCUGCUGCCAGCAGAGAUUACCACUACGACCGGCCAGUGCAAAAAGAGUCAAGCAUGGAGAUGGAUUCCACAAGAGAGCGCGCAUGCAGUCUGGGAUAAUUGGUGGAAAGAGCCCUCACACACGGAGACCUUUUUUCGUAAAGGGCGGCCAAACUUUUCCCACUUGGUGACAAGCGCUCACGGGCAACACAGGCCGUUGGAUGCAAAAAUGUGGCGGCCAACCAAUGGAUCCAAUCGGGACUGCACCUACAUAUAUCCCCUUCAAGUUUCUAAUGAAGAAUUGUUUUAAACUAUGAUGAGCUAUUAUAUAACUCACACUCGCAGUAUCUCAAAUGUAUCUGACAGCAUUCAGGCCAUACCUGGAUGUAUCUGGCCACAGUUCCGUCCAAAAAUACGCAAAAACGUAGUAGUGUGAGUAUGCCCACACUCUGGAAAACAAAAGUGGCCUGCUUCACAGGGGCGGCAUUUUCUACUCAGCAUGAAUCACAGACAUUGUCAAACAGGGCAUCGUGAUCAAGGGCUGGUUUCGAUCAUGGUUGCAACUACAGCAGCAUCGACAAGCACGUUCCCGAUCAUACUCUGUGCCCUCGAGUUUGAAAAUGGCAGAAGAGAGGGGAAGGAGGGUGUGGGAUGAAAGGUUGAUGUUUCCUUUUUUUUCUGGAAAAAAAAAAGGAAAAAAAAGCAAGGAGGGUGCGGGAUAUGGUAGGGAUGACAGCGAGCCAGAAAGGUAGAAAACCGGGUGUCCCACGUAAAAUAUGUGAGGUGAGAGGAAAGUAUAUAUAUAGAGCUGUCCCCCGAUGAGGAGAAAGCUUUUUAAGACAAAGAAAAAGGGAAAAAAGACUGAAAUUGCGGUUUCAGACUCGG